ACAAAAAGUAUUGCACGUGUGGCGUGUUGAUAAUCUCUAUGACGUGUGGCAAUAAACUAUUCUUUGUUUUUUCGUAUUUUGUUAAGAAUUUUUUAAAGAAUUUGACAAGUUUCAUCAUAGUUCAAUAGUUGGGAUAAGGUGUGAAGUGAUUGCUUACUGAACUGGAAUCUUUGUUAUAAUGUUGAAUCCAGCUUACAUAGCGGAAGCAUUGGGCAAGGAGCAGAACAUAAAGUCGAACGAUGCAGUUGACGAUGAAACACGACACGUGCCCAAACAUUUUGGUGAAGAAGAACGUAUCAACCCAAAAUUAAAGCAGUGCUAUGAAGUUCGGACCCAACUGAAACCAUUUUAUUCUGGGGGAAAAAUUUCUAUAACUGAUGACGACGAGUUUGUUUGUCAACAUGGACCUGUUGUGAAAGUCAUUCGUAAAGGCAAUGUUGGAAUAAAGACGGAGCAAGGUGACGACGAAGAUUUUAAGAGUAAUUUCAAAACAUCGUUUGUGAUUACAAAGACAAUUGAAGCAGAGCUGGAUGAUAUUUUAUCGUUCGACACAUGUCUAGUGUCAAAAGUGGUUAUUACUGCACAUAAAUCAAAUCUCCUUCGUAUAUGGUGUCUAAUUUCUGGACAGUUGUUGAAAACCAUCAAAUCCCUUCAUAACAUGCCAAUUGGAUACAUUGAAAUUUGCAAAGCACAGUCCCUCAAGAACAUUAAGGGUGUUUUGUCAUCGAACGAGCUUGACGCCAUAGAGGGGGCACGAAUUCAGUUAUGUUGGAUAUCGAUAUCUGGCGCUGCUGUGAAACUUUGGCAGCUUGGAGGAAAUCAAAUGUCUAAAUUAAUCAGGGUGGAAAAUAUCACAGCACUUGGAUAUGCUAGAUGGGAGAACACUACCUUGUACACAGCAGAGAGAAAUAUCUACGUAAUGGGAAUUCAGCCAGAGACAAAACAAUUUGGUGUCUUGAAAACUUUAGAAGGGCACUACUCCCAAGUGACUGGAAUUGAGUUCACAACAGACAAUUUAAUGUUGAGUGGAGGUCGUGAUAAAGUCCUCAUAAUAUGGGACAUGGCAAAUAACUUUAACAAACUCAAGACAAUUCCAUUUUCAAACACUAUUGAAGGAAUUUACUUGUCGCAAUCCACCGAUCUCUUUCUUGGUAUCAACCCUUCUAGUAUUUAUCACUUUGAUGUGAAGGAUCAGAGAGUUUCUAAGCAGCCAGUGCUGACAUUAAAUGAAAAUGAAACCAUCACGGGAUUCCAUUCCUUACUACAUUCUGAAGCUUUAAAAGUAAAUAGCUGUUUCAUUACUUCCCAUACGGGAACAAUAUACGAGGUCAUCAAAACGAAGCUAGAAGAUAAAAAGAAGGCGACUUUAGAGAUUAUUCACCAGUAUGUUGGAGACCUGGACGAGAUACUGUGUGCCGUUUUAUGGACGGAUGGUCAAGUUGCAGUAGCCACCAAUACAAGCGUUAUAAAAGUGUACGAUCUGACGACUGGGAGUUGCAAAUUUUUACGUGGCCACAAGGACAUUGUUCUAUCUUUGAGUUGUCAAAAGGAAUGGAUGGUUUCUUCCUCUAAGGAUAACCAAAUUAUAUUUUGGAAGUCUACCUCCUUAGAGCCACAAGCAAUCUUAAGUGGACAUUUGGCGUCUGUCACGGCUGUGUGUUUUAGUUCAAUCGACCUAACAGCUUUUUCAGUAUCUGAAGACCGUUUCCUUAAAGUUUGGGAUCAGCAGAGGCUACUGCGAGGUGUGGUAGCACAUGACAAAGAAAUCAAUUCCGUGCACUGCAGUCCCAAUGGAUCGCUGGUCGCUACUGCAUCUCGUGAUAAAACUGCAAAAAUAUGGGAUGCUGAAUCCCUUCAACUAAUUGCCACCUUCAAAGGACACAAAAAAGGUGUUUGGGACGCAAAGUUUUCAUCUUGGGAUCAGUUAGUAGUAACGGCGUCUGCUGAUACAACAAUUAAAAUAUGGAGUCUUACCACAUAUGAGUGCAUGCAGACAUUACAAGGCCAUCUGAGUUCCGUCUUGCAAGUCAAAUUUAUUAACUUGGGGCUUCAAAUAUUGUCUGUAAGUAGUGAUGGAAGUUUGAAAUCUUGGGACCUGAAAACGUCCUCCUGUGUACUCACUGAAGAAUGUGGCAAUGACAAAAUUUGGACCAUGGAUGCAUCUCAAGAUGGACAUACUGUUGUCACUGGUUCGGCAGACUCUGUCCUAUCUUUGUGGCAUGAUAAUACAGAAGAAAAAGUGACACAGGCAGCCGAGAAGAAAAAGAAGGGGAUUGAGGAUGAGCAAAAACUUAAUAAUUUGCUUCACGCUCGAGAAUGGACAAGAGCAUUUGAAAUGGCUUUACAACUAGACAGACCGUUUGUUUUGUUAAAAGUUAUCAGGGAAGUUGCGGAUAUUAAUCAGUUUCGCCCUGUUAUUGAAAAACUUGAAGAUGAUCAGUUAUUGAAUUUAAUUAAUUAUUUGACUAAAUGGAACACUAAUACAAAAACAUCCACAGAAGCUCAAACGCUACUUCAUAUCGUCAUUCGUAGUUUUCCUGAAGAACAUCUUGCAAGAUUUAUACAACCCAUGCAAAUCCUCCCGUACACUGAAAAACAUCAUGAACGAAUUUAUAGAAUGAUCAAACAAAUGUCAUUUCUGGAAUUUCUUUCCAAUAGGAACGAUGAGGCACCUAUUCACAGUUCUUAAUUACAGAAUUUUGAAGUAUGUUAUUCAACGAUAGAGCAUAAUAAAAUUAAUGUUUAAUCUUUCAUGGCAUGACACUUUUGAGAAUAAAUCGUACAUCUUUUUGACAA